CACCUGUUACGGCGUGCGCGAGUGCAAUAUUCUCGUUCGAUCGGUGAAGGGUAUCGUGGACGGCGUGUUUGCAGUUUUUUAACACACACCGAUCUGGUCGCACGUCAGCAAAAACACUCGACUUAAAAAAAAAAAAACCUUUUUUUUUUCGACUUCAAAAAGCGACGCGACACAGCGACCAGAUCACAUUGCACGCGUCCAAUCGACGUAUGGACAUCGCGAUAUCGGCCGUCGUCGAGCCGUUCCCCGCGUCAAGUCCGGCCGCCACGCGUCUACGCCGGAAGCACUCAUCGUUUUGUCGUACGUACAGUAUUCGGACGUAGAUCAUCUCGGACCACCCGGAAACAAAAUAUUGAUUGUAGCAGUCGCGAUAUACGAUCGAUUCGACGGAGGAAUUGUUAGGUUGCGCGCGUGACCACAAAACUGUAUAUUAUGUAAAGGCUACUAUUAUAUAUAGUUAUGUUUUGUUAUAUAUAUAUAUCUGGUUUUUUAAUUAGCUACGACAAUAGUGCAAUAUUGUUAUUACAACACCUAAAAAUUUGAUUGAUUAAACCGUACUUCUUAUUUCGUAAACAAACACGUUUGACUAAAGCUACGCGAAGUUCGGUGUUACGUUUAGCGAGAACGCGUGUUUGCGUUUUUAAUUCGUACCAUCUACAAACCGUUCCCUUUUGUUUAACUCGUAAUAUCCGACUCGAUCAACAAAAUCCUACGUUUAACAACACUUUUUAUGUAACUUAUAACAACACGUAUCGACGGCAGCAAUCAUUACGACUUUUUAUGUAAUACCGAUUGAUCUCUAGUUGCCACUCUAUUAAACUGUAAGCAACACGACUAUAUUUCGUUAAAAUCCAUACGGUCAUUUUUUACCACCACCGAAAUCGCGAGUCGACGAUUUCCUCUUUGACCAUGUCCACCGCCGCCGUGCAAUGUUACUUGGUCGCCGCGAUCUGUGCAGCGGCCGGAGUGGCGGCCGUCAGCCGACACCCUGUGACGGUGGUCGUGUCGUUCGACGGUUUCCAGCCCCAUUACAUUCAGCCACGGCUAACGCCGACAUUGGCCCGGUUCCGGAACGCGUCCGCGUCUCCGCCGUACAUGCGCAGCGCGUUCCCCACGAAGACGUUCGUCAACCAUUUCACCAUGGCCACCGGGAUGUACGCCGAGUCGCACGGCGUGCUCGACAAUUACAUGUUCAACUGGAACGACACAACGAUCAUGCACUACACGUACGAGCAGUUCCACUACGACGAUAAGGUGGUGCCCAUCUGGAUUCAAAACGAAAAUAAUGGAGAUGAACGGUAUAGCGGGGUAUUGAUGUGGCCAGGAUCUGAAUUUGCGUAUCAAGGCAAAACACCUACCUAUGUGCAAUUAUACAACCAUACAAUGCCUUGGAAUGAUCGCAUAGACGCAAUUAUGUCAUGGAUUAAAGAUGAAAAUAAACCAGCCAAUUUGGUGUAUGCGUAUUUUGAUGAACCGGACAAUACUGGUCAUUUAAAGGGAACACAAUCAAAAGAGAUUCAAGAUCAAAUUGUGAGAAUAGAUGUAACACUAAGGUAUAUGCUCAACCAAAUAAAAUAUGCAAAUCUAGAAAACAAAAUAAAUCUCAUUAUUCUCAGUGAUCACGGGAUGGAAACAGUUACAUAUGAUAACAUGAUACAUUUAGAUAAAUAUAUAACCAAUACGUCUUACAAACGCGUUGGUUCAGGUCCUAAUGUAUUCAUACAUCCAAAUGAGCUAAAUAAAUUCGAUGAAAUUUAUAAAAAUCUUUCAAAAGAAGCUGAUAAAAAUUUUGAUGUAUUUAAAAAAGAUCAAUUAUAUAACCGUUGGCAUAUGAAAAAUAAUACUAGAUUAAACAAUCUUAUUUAUUUGUUGGCUAAACCUGGAUAUGCCUUUUGGGAUGAAUAUUAUGAAAUAAUUUUAAACGGAACAACAAAAAAGGAUUUUAAAGUAGGGGUGCACGGGUAUGACAAUGAGGACAAACAGAUGCGAGCCAUUUUCAUGGCCUCCGGACCGGCGUUCAAGGAGAACUAUACCGCCCACCCUUUCGACAACGUCGACCUUUACUCACUAAUCUGUCGGAUUGAGGGGCUAAAUGAGCCAGACCGACGUCCUGACGGAAGUAUAAAAGGCGUAGAACAGCUACUGUCUAACAAAUCCGGCGGCACCACCGCCGCCAAGUCUACGACUCCCGUCAUAGGUAUAUUGUCUGCUAUGUUACUACACGCGAUGGCACAGAGUCUGUGAACCAUAAACCUGAAUUCCAUUUCUACUAGACUAGUCGGACCCAAAACUUCAUGAUUACAUUUUGAUGACUGAAUUUUCGAGUGGAGAAUCAUUAUCACGUCUCUUCUGAGCCGUUUUCGAAUCCUAUUAAUAAUUCAACUAUUAUAGUUCUGUCCUUUGACUUUUUUUUCUUUUCAAUAAUAUGUUAAUUUAUUAUCAAACAAUUAUUUCAUUCGAUUAAUUGGCCGAUCAUAGACAUAUAUUAAUAUGGCACGUGAUUUACAUAUGACAUAUAGGUUUUACAAAAAUACAAAACCGUAUGAAUACGUGAUCGGUGCAUGUGUCAUAUCAUAAUCGUGUAGAAUUUUGAUUAUUCUAACAAUAUUGCAAUACUUUAAGGGAUCAAAAAUAAUUUUUACUCUACGUUAUUUAAUUUAUACGUGUUUUAUCGAUGUACCUUUUUUUAAGUUUGGAGUAUCGUUUACUCGCUAUAGGUAGUAUAUAUAUAGAAAAGUAGGUGUAAUAAUAUGUAAGUAUGUUAAAUGUUAGUAAUAUCUUUCUCCAAUUAGUAUUUUUUUCAUAUCUCUAUGAAAUAUUAGUUAAGUUAACUUUAUAAGAUUAGCAAAACAAAAUAAAAAGAUAUGAUUAUAAAAAAAUCAUAUUUAUAUUUUUAAGUAAAGUUGUUUAUACCUAUUUAAUUAAACAACAUAUUUUAGUCAACCACAUAGAAUUUAUAAUGUAAUUACAAAUAAUAUAGUUUAUAUUUUUUAAUAAAUUGAAAAUAUAUAAAAAAAUAAUUUUGUCUUGAUUAUACUCGUUACUUUUCAUAAAUGUUUUUUAUUAUUUUCAAUGUAAACAUAUUUUGCCAAUAAUAAUACAUAUAAUACAGUGUGUAUAUGCUAAUUUAGCAAUUACACACUCUAAGUAUAUGAAAAUGAA